AUGCCAAAAUCCUCCGACACGUCUGGUCCCUCAAGAGACCCACGCAGAAGAACACGGACGACAUCUUACAACAAUGCCGAGCCAGCUAUGACCCUCAAUCGAGGUGCAGAAAGAGACAAUUCCGGUGCAAAUACACCGCGAAAGAAUCAAAGUACCAAUGAUGAAAUUGCUGCCUCGACACUGAGUGAUUUUGGUGACCUCCCAAAAUCAAUUCUCACAUUAUUGUCGAAUGUCAUAGACAGCGCCCUUGCUAAACGCAAGACGAGCUAUCUCGAAACCGAAGCAAAGACCGCACAGGCGGAGUAUGACCGAUCUCAAAAGACAUCUGCACAGUUUCCUAUCGUCAUUGAGCAGGCGUUUCAGAGGAAGAAGAAGAUCGACUCUAUCUGUGAGUCUGCCAAGACAGAGCUCCGCGCGUCUCGCGCAGCCGAAAAUAUCUCAGCUCAGGAUCUCGUACGGCUUUUGGUCGAUGCUGUUGCUAGAGACACCCAGCGGCUUCUGACUACUCAGAUAAGCACUCUUCAAAGAGAUUUGGAUAACCUCCGGUCUCAACAUGACUCCAAGAAUGAAGGCACAGACCUAGCGGCCUCUCGAAUUGCCAAUCUAGUGGCCGAGAACGAGAGGAUCCGAACCCAUCUCAAUGUCCUUCAAGACAAGAUGAAGCAAAUGGAGGAGGAGCUGCGAGAACUGCGAAGCGUCCGAAGAUCAGAUAUUGGAACCAGCGAUGCGCUAGUCGACGAACUGCGCAAAGAAACGGCGGAACAGGUGCAAAAAGUACGGAACGAGUUCAAAUCACUAGACGAGCUACCAGACCGUUUGGACCGUUUGCAUAAAAGCACCUAUCUCAAGGAGGAGACGAUCCGCAAUCGGUGCCAAGCAGUCGAAACUAAUCUGGCGACUCUGCUUAAAGAGACCUCGCAGGAUAUGGCGGAACAAGCGGCGCUUCGUUCACAGCUCUCGGACAUCCAAUACGGCUUAGAAAGGGUGAAGACAAGCUCCGCGGAUUUACAAGUCGGAACAAAUACCCUUAGAAACGAGGUCGGCAACCUACAAAAAUCCAGUGAAGCCCAAUCUGAUAAGGUGCACACUCUACAAAGAUUUCUGGAAAAGCAGCACGAAGAGCUCCAGUCGUUCGAGUCCGCUCUCGCCGGUGCGAAAUCCGAAAUGUCAAAAUCUUUCGCCAGCCACACCGAUGCAGCAGCGAAUGCCCUAGCCUCUCGAAUGGACGACAAAUUUGAGAAGUUCACCACGGAGGUCGAUCGCGCCAACAAUGCCCGUGACGCGCUCAUAGUGGAAGAUAUCAAACGUACCGAGCGAGACUUGCGUGCGAAAUUCGAGAGUAUUCAACAACAGCUAAUGGAAGUUGAAAAGGGUUCGAAAUCUCGACUCGACGUGCCUCAAUUAUCGAACGAGCACCUUCAGACCCUCGAAUCGGCUGCCGCACUUGUCCCCAGAAUUCGCGAAUUAGAGUCUCAACUUGAAACGUUGCGGAAAGGACUCGAAAAGCAAGUUCACCUGUCACAGUGGCAAAGUCACCGCUUCGACAACCUGACUAGCGAGACUCUUGCUCGCCAAAUGAUAGGUGUUGUAGCUCCGACGCUACCUAAAUUUGAACAGGGAUUGGGGAAGGUCGAGGCCGAAGUGCAGAACUUACGCAGCAGACUUGAGCAACCCUCUCAUAUGGCAGAGGAGUUCACCGCGGAACAGGACGAACGCCUUCGGGCACUCGAAGAAAAUAUCGAUGGGGCCAGAACACACGCGCGGUCAAAUUACGAUUCUCUGGUUCGAGAAUUCCGCAAGACUCGUGACAAUAUUGUCAACGAUAUCAAAAAACUGCAGAUGUCGCACACACGCUCCAUCAAAAACUACUCAAAAUACCAUGCAUCUACAAAUAAGAAACUCGACGAGAUCGAGACUUACCUCGAGGAUUUGCGGCCGCAGCUAGGCAAGUCUAGUAGCGCCGAGGCUGUAUCCCCAACAUCUACCGAAUGGGCCGCGUUGGUUUCCAAGCGAACGCUCCAAACAACGCCAGACCGCCUAAAGCCUAAAGCCAGCAACAGAUCGAGAAGAAAGACAUCAUUCUUAAGUCAUGAAUCCAACGGCAGCAUAACAGGGCAUCACAGCUCGCAUAAAUCCGAUGUGGUAAAUGCAGAAGAAGAGGGUUCGGUUUUAAUCCAAAUGUUCCAAAAGCCGCGACAGUCGGAAGAUACAGUUCGACCACCAGCGAAGCGAAGGCGGUCGGGAAGCCCAGAGGUGGAUAAUCUCUCCACCGUUGAAUCGGAUGAUUCCGUCCGAGCACCACAGAGACGCAGAGAACGGCGCCCCUAG